AUGGGGAUCACCUCUCUUCCCAUGACGACAUGGUCAAAGUUAACAACAUUGAUGAUUUCGAAUGCACGGGAGAUGAUUACCAGGGAUGAAGUCAACGCAAUUGGUAAACGGUUUCCUUCACUCACGAAGCUUCAACUUUAUCCAUGGCAAGAUCCUGAAUCAACACGCAUGGUCUUUGAUUGUUAUCCCUGGAUGAACAGCAUCGACAUUGUGAAGAUAUCUAGUGCUUUCAAUAUUGCCUACUAUCAACACAAACCUCGACGUACAGGGAAUGGUGUUACCAACAUCGAUAUCCGGGUCUAUUCUAUGAAAGAUGAUGAUUGGAAGUAUCUGAUUCAUAUUCUAAGGGAACACUCUCUGACGCUCGAAUGGAUGUAUGUCUACGUGGUGGUCGUUAAUGUGCACGAGGAGGUCCACAAUAUCAAGUACCCUUGCCUGAAGCAUCUUAUCCUUGACCACUCAGGGUGGUGGAUACCGCGCAAUGCACCCAUGCUUGAGGAUUUGGAGAUACAACAACUAUCCUAUUGCUUAGAAGUGCGUGUGGUGCCUGACACAGCAUCACCCAAAUUGAAAAGGCUACAAGUUCACAGAGAUUGUCCCACACACACUGGUGACACCCCACCCUUGGAAAGAUACCUUCAUCAGCUUGCCCAACACGCGCAGUUGCAAGACCUCGAUGUGACGUUGUACAGCUUGGAGCGUAUCGACCAUAUAUUAGACGCGAUGCUUCACCUUGGUAGUCUUGUACGCUUGAUGAUGUUUGUUACUAGUGAUUGGGGAUCGACGUCAAUGCACCGAUUUCUUGCUGGUCUUUCCAAAGGAUGUCCAAAGUUAUCCAGCCUUGGGAUUAGCUGCCAUAACGCCCCAUCCGCAUGUUCAAUGAAUGCCUUGAAACAGCUUUUACAUUUGGAGCGAUUUGGAUUUUCGAUUGAGGGCAUGGAUAGUGAUGAUGCUUUUUGGCAUGCCAUUGAAACCUUUCCACAGCUCAAGAGUAUUUACAUCUUCCCUUCAAAUGAAACCAACAUUCGUCGUCUUCGCUAUCUCAAGGAAAAACGACCGGACCUGAAGAUUACCAUCAGCAGAAGGUUGAACGACAUCUGA